AUGUCUCCCUCCAAGCUGGGCCCUGUCCUCGUCACUGGGGGCAAUGGCUUCGUGGCCUACCAUAUAAUUGCGAAAAUUCUCGCUGAAGAGCCCGACUGCGACAUUCAUUCGCUGGAUGUGAACGUCGAUCGUAACCGCCAUCCCAACGCGAACGUCCACUACCACCGGGCUGACCUCGCCUCCGCCGCGGACGUCGAGCGAGUGAUGCACAUUGCGCAACCCGUCACCAUCUUCCACACUGCGUCGCCCGAAUUCUCCGACGCCCCCGUGUCCGCUUACCAUAACAUCAUCGUUGAUGGCAGCCGGCACGUCCUGAAUGCCGCUGUCAAGGUCGGCACUGUGCGAGCCUUGGUCAAUACGUCGACCUCAGGAGUCAUCAACGAUAACCACACCGAUAUGAUUGAUGCAACAGAGGAGAUGCCAAUCCUGCGGUUUCCGCAGCAGAAGCGCAUAUACUGUCUUGCCAAGGCUGAAGCUGAAGAGGCCAUUCAAGCGGCCAAUCGCAACGGGGGCCACGACGAUCAGGGGGUGUUGACCUGCGCGAUACGCCCCUGUCUUGUAUUCGGUGAGCAUGAUGUCGGUGCCUUGGGGAAGAUGAUCGCGGUGGCUCGUAAGGGCAUGUCACGUUUUCAGAUGGGCAAUGGGAAGAACCCAUAUGAUUUUGUGUAUGCGGGCAAUCUUGCAGAUGCGCAUCUGCUGGCUGCUCACGCUCUGCUCGACGCCUGGGGCAAACCUCGUCCCACGGAUCCGACCGUGCGUGUGGACGGCGAAUGCUUCAACAUCAGCAAUGAUGACCCCUGGUUCUUCUGGGACUUCCAGCGCGCAGUUGCCUCCGAGACGGGCAACCCCGUGCGGCCCGAGGAUAUCGUGGCUAUUCCGACAUGGCUGGGACUCGCCAUGGGACUUGUGAGUGAGUGGGUGGUGUGGGCAAUUUCCCGCGGCACCCGGACUCCCAAUAUGACUCGUGAGGGCAUUCGCUUCAGUACCCUCAUCCGCACGCACAAUAUCACCAAGGCCAAACGGGUGCUCGGGUAUCGUCCCAAGGUGGGCAUGCAGGAGGGCAUCCAACGCAGUGUGCGUUGGUUCAUGGAGCAGGUAAAUGCAUAA